AAUAAUUCAAAAAUUACCAUAUUGUUGUGGUUGGAAAUCAUUAUAGCAAACCCCUUCAAAGACCCAUCACAAAUCACUAUACUAGUUACCCCAUUCAGUUAACACCUAGUAAAACUAAGAAACUUUACACCCCAAACAAAUGAACACAAAAACAAUGAAAAUACAAAGAACCACUUGUCUUACUGCAAGACUUCAUUAACUUGCUACGACUAGCUUAUUAUUUGUAGUAGAAGAAGUAAUGGGCCUUCAUAAAUACUUGUUCCUACCAAUUUUCUCUCUGAAUGCACUUUCUUCUUGGGAUGAGGAACUGUCCUUCUCCAUAAGAAAGCUCCAACUCAUUUGAGCCUUCUUUAAUGCUCUGACUCCUCCUUCUACUUCAAUUUAAUGUCCUCAUUUUUUUUUUAAGUUUUUCUUACUGUUUGAGUUUGUACUCCAUUAAUAAAAGAUUGAAUUUUAGCCUUCCAUUGUUCAAUCUAAACUGUGCUUAGUAAUUUCUUCUAGGACACCUAUUUCUUUUCUUGCUUUCACAAUUGUUCAUUUUGACCACUUGUCACUUCUUUAGGCCUUGCAUCUGGUUUUCACCCCUAAAAUAAAAAAUUGUUGUGAAAAAGAAGUUGAAGAUGAAUUUUGGAAUUAGUCCUGGAAAUGUGGCAGUUCACCAUGGAAGUUGCACUGCAAAAGUGGCUGUUGAAAGGAGGAUUAAAAUAGCAGAAUUGGUGUUAAGGGUUUUGAUAUUAGGGUUGGGUGUUGCUGCUGCUGCUCUUGUUGGCUUAGAUAGUGAAGUUAAGGUCAUCUUUGCCAUCACUAAGAAGGCUUCUUUCACUGACAUGAAGUCUCUUGUGUUCUUGGUGAUAGCUAAUGGGAUAGUUGCUGCUUAUUCACUGGUGCAAAUAGUGAGGUGCGUUUUGGGAGUGAUCAGAGGAAGUGUUCUCUUUAGCAAACCUCUAGCCUGGCUCAUCUUCUCUGGUGAUCAGGUUAUGGCGUAUCUGACCCUUGCAGCAGUAGCAGCAGCUGUACAGUCAUCUGUGAUUGGAAAGUUUGGACAAGCAGAACUACAAUGGAUGAAGACAUGUGGUUUCUAUCCGAAGUUUUGUAAUCAAAUUGCAGAAGGAUUAGCAAGUUCUGUGGUGGUUAGUCUUUGCACAUUGAUUCUCUCUGGCAUCUCGGCUUUUAGCCUCUUUCGCUUAUAUGGAGGGAACAAAGGGAAGAGCAAUACAAGAUGGUAGGCGGUAGAAUAGGAAUGUGUAUACAUAUAUAUAUUAUGGCUCGUUUCUGGUGUAGUUUUUAUUAAUGUAAUGGUGACUCAAAAGCAUUUUUCAAUGCGGAAAAUGUAAUUCUCUCUAGUAGUUCUAAAAUAAUAUAGGAAUAGCUAUGGUAAAGCUUAGUCUUAUCUUGUGUAAUUAAGUGUUUGCUCUUGAUGGAAAUAUUGUUACGAGUUUCAAAGUAGGUUUUGUAUUUAGCCAUUACGUGCAAUCAUUUUUCACUUGAA